AUGUACGAAAGACCGCGUCCAUCUCAUAGAUCUGCCCGCAACCGUGUAUUCACAAAGCGAAACAUCCCAGGCCUUUUGCCUCAUGCUGCAGCCUGGUUGUCGACUCGAGUCCUUGCUCGAGGAUGGAAGAUGGAGUCUCGGGAAUGGGGCCGGGGCGGUUGGGCCAACUCGAGCAUGGAUGAUUCGGACCGACUUGCCACCCACUCCAGCGAGCUCGAGACCUGUAAAAUCGACUACACUCUUCACAGUACGCGCUCGAUAUCUUGGUCGUUCUGCUCAACUGCGGCGCGUCCCCCUCUUCUCCGCGGCCCCCCUUGGGAUCUUCGUCACAACACCAAUACUCGUACCCUUCCUGUCCUGUUCACAUCGCCGCACCUGCCUCCUGAGCCAUGGGGAGCCCCACAUCGAGGCGGUUCCUUCCCACACAUGCUCCACGUCAACGAUAACCUAACCAUCUCUUCCAUCAGAGCUGCGACUGCAGACUCGACAAUAGAUCAUCGACGGAAUCUUGUGCUGGCACAUGGAAGCUUCCGUCUCCCAAUGCUGCAGCUUCAUUGCCUAAGUGGGCUUGCGCCUCACAUCGACCACAAUACCCCGCCCGAGACCCCCUCACACAACACCAUAGCCAGGAUGGAGCCCCGCUCCAGCCUCCGACCCACGAUUGUAGACAUGGUCAGCGUGACCAGCGCCUGCGGCAAAGCCCCAUUCUGCUACGCCACCGAUCGAACGCUUCGCGCAAUCAGGAUACCAAAACAAGUUCAUAGCUGCGGCCUCAGCGCUGAUGGUCUCGACAAUUAUGUUGGGGCCGACAAAGAACAACGCCGACGCGAGCGGGACGCCAUGCCUACUCUCACAAGGUUGCAGCAAAGCUUUGUAGCGUCAAAUUUCCCAGCUACUCCGUACUCGAAUGCAGACUUAACGACGGCUGGCUCGGCCUUUUGCUGCGGAUGCUACUGCAGCUUAAAACCCAUCUGCAAUGUCGCCUUGUGCUCUUCUGGUCUGCGACGCAGUGUGAACCCAACGAACACCACUAUCCUUAUAGAGGCUGUGCCACGCAUGUCGAUUGUUUCGUCCUCACGCAAAGCUGCAAGCUGGAUGUACGGAAUCGCACGGCAAAUUACUGAGACUGCCGAACUUUGUAUGCUUUGUUUCAGCCACCUCAAGAGUUGGUUGGCAGAACAGCUUCUGGUUGAGUUCUGUGCCUGCAACUUGUUCCUCGUCGAUGUAUUGCCACACAUCAAACGGCUGACGAACCGUCAUGUCAUCAAAGCGAUGCGAACGAUGUACCUCUGCGAAUGUCAUGGUCGGGCAACAGACAUGGCCUGGCGACGCAAUUGA